AUGGCGUACAACACAGACAUGCUGGUGGCAGUGCUCCUGCUCCCCCUGCUCCUGGUGCCCCUCAGCCACGGCCACGAGGUGUCCUGGACAUACAAAGGAGAGGGAGAGCUGGACGAGGAGCACUGGGCACAGCACUUCCCAGACUGUGCUGGCCAGCAGCAGUCCCCCAUUGACAUCCAGAGGAGGAAGGUGAGGUACAACCCCAAGCUGCAGCUGGAGCUCGGUGGCUACGAUGAGCCCCUGCAGGGGCAGCUCAGGAUGACCAACAAUGGCCACUCUGAGCACUGCCCAGCACCCCCAGGACCCAGACAUGUCUGUCUGACAGACCACAGCCCCAGGAAGGGCCUCUCGUGCCUCUCCAUCUCCUCCCAGCUCCAGCACAGUUCUGAUGGGCCAGAGGGGUUUGCCAGCCCCAGCUCCAAGAGCACUUCCCCAUUAACUGCUGAUACCAUCUCUGCUUCCUUUGGAGGUCACUCCACAACUCUCAGCUCCCUGGACAUCCAAGCCAUGCUGCCAGAAAACCUCUCCCACUUCUACAGGUACCAGGGCUCCCUGACCACCCCGCCGUGCUCCGAGAGCGUCAUCUGGACCAUCUUCCACUCGCCCAUUGUCCUGUCCCACACUCAGGUCAGUGCUGCCUCUCCCCAGCUCCUCCUGCCUCUGGGUGUUCCCUUUCUGCCCUCCAGGGAACACAGAGCUCUUGGGGCACCUCUCCCACAGAGAUUUGGGGUGGAUUCCUGCAGUUCCAGGUGCCUGUCGUUCUGCAUGGCAGCAGGGCCAGGCUGUGCAGCUGUCACCAAGCUCUGGGUGCAGCUGCUGGAGAACACGCUGCUGGACUGGCACAACCACACGCUGCGCAACGAUUACCGGCACGCGCAGCCGCUGCGGGGCCGCGUGGUGGAGGCGUCGUUCCGAGCCCAGCGGGGCCAGGGUAGGGCCAGGGGACACUGGGGGAGGGUGUGACACUGCCAGGCCCUGUGCUUGGACAGGCUGGAGUCCCCUGGCUGGGAGGGCAGCGUCCCUGCUCGGGUGGAGCUGUCCCUGUGCCUCCCCUGGUUCAAGGUGUGUGCCAGCCCUGCCCUGCGAGUGUCACACCUCCAGGGCAGCUGCUGCCACCUGGCACCACGUCGGGAGCCUCAGCUCGGCUGUGUCUGGUGCAUGGAGCUGCAGGAACAGCUCUGGCUGGGCAGCCACACCGAGGAGAGGAGCUGCAGUUUGAAGCACAGCUUUUGCUCCAGUUGGAAAAUGCAGCUUGUGCAGGUGCCAGCCCUCUGUAAGUUCAGCUCUCUGAUUGCUCCAGCACAGUGUGAUCCAGAGGAAUUCACCCUCAGGCUGGACCAAAUCCAGAUGCAGCUCCAGGACAUGAAGAGAGAGUUGCUGAAUGGACUGAGCCACGCAGGUAAGACACACAGGUUGAGUCCCCUCACCUGGUGAGGAUGGAGAGCCCUGCUGAGCUUGGUGGCCCAAACCAUUGACAGCUUUGGCACACCCAGGUAGAAUUCUGUGCCAUAUCUGGGCCUGCUGAUGGAAAUCCUUCACCAUCAUCAAGGCCAGCCCUAAGCCAGCUACUCCCACAGCAGCUGCAGCUCUCUCCUGCCACAUGGGAACACAUUUUUACAAACAGUAAAAAUGCUCAGCUCAGUUCCCCCAGGAUAAAUAACCCUCACCUCUAUUUUAUACAACAUGAGAAAAGAGAGGAAAGAGGGAAAACCAUUUUUUUGCCCAAAUGUUUGUGUGGGGGAGCUCAGCUCAGCUUUUCAUCAUUCCAAAGCCCUUCCCUGCUGGCACAACACACAGCAUACCUGGGAGCUCAGACUGCACAGCCCUACCAGCUCUGUGGGUGCCAUCCUCCAGAAUUUGGGCUGCUUUACAGGAAAUGUAACUGCUGGCUUUUGGGUUAUUUCAGAUACCAAAUCCAGCACCUUUCCAGCUUUCUACUUCCCCGUGGAAAACGUCGAGAGCUUUGUGGAGGUGCAGCCCCUCCGUGCCGUGUCCCUGCAAGCCUUCACGCUGUGCUUCUGGAGCAGAGCCCAGCCCCAGGGCAGCCAGACCGUCCUGUCCUACUCCACUGGGGACAGCGAGCACGAGCUGGAGGUGACCGUGGGCUCAGAGCUGGGGCUCUGGCUGGGAGGGCACUUCCUCAGCUUCCC